AUGGACAAAACCAACGUACUCACAAUAACAAACGUUGAAUAUGUUGGCUAUCGUAAAUUAAGUUUCACGUGCAGUACUGAAGAAUUGCAAACCUUCAUCACUUCAGCUGCUCCAUUAAUUCCGUUUUCCUCAUUACCAUUAAGAACCGAAAAAGAUUUAAGGGAUGCUGUUAUCAAUAAUUAUAUAUCCCUAAUUGAUAGUGGCAUCCCUUGUUUAUGGAGAUAUUCCGAGGGAACAAACCUCGAACACAUCUACAACCACGGUGAGAUAACUCGUGAGCUAUGGGUUUUCUGGUUGGGUUCUGAUGUUCCUGCUGUUUUGGCAGAUUUAUACAAAAAAGAAGAUUUUGUUCAUCAUUGUGAUGGUACAAUUUCAUUUGAUAAUUACGAUCGGGAAUUGGAGGCAUAUGGAUUAUUUGUAUCGGCGAUGAAGAAUAUAACAAACCGGUCUUUAAUUAAGAUGGGUGCUCUCCCAGUAGGCGAAUGGUGCACAUUUCCUACAAAAACACAAGAUUUAUAUGACAGGCAUGAUAAAAAUCUCUUCAAAUAUACUAGUAUGCGCCCAAUUAGAAGAUCAGAUCUUGAAUUAGACGAGAUUUCUAUAUUAUUAGCACCAUCAGGAAUCACAGCAUCACUAUUACCAAUAAAAAAAUAUAAAGAGGAAGAUGCUAAUGCCAUCACAGAUGAUUUUGAAAGACUUUUUUCAAUAAAAUUAUCAACAUUAGAUUGUACCGAUUUACCACAAAUAAUGGAUGUAAAGAUAACUCAUGACAACAUAAUCAAAGAAUUUCCAUACCCAACGCAAUGUAUUUACGUAAUAUCUGAGUUAAAUAUGGGUUAUCAACGUGGCAUCUCCGAUGUUGGUACGGCUCCACAAUUCUGGAAUAAUAAAAAAACUGAAUUAUAUAAUACUGAUUGGUGGAAUUACAAAGAUCCUACACGUGAAGCUCAAAAGACAUUAUUACAGAGAAAUCAUAUUGAUCACAAUGGUCAAUCGCCAUCAGGUGUAGAAACUUCAAUGACUCCGAAUACUCCCGGUCUUGCUAAUAAUGCUACUUCAAAUGUCAACUCACCCGGUCACAACAAUUUAUCAUCACCAUCAUCGUCACGAACUAAAAAACGUUCAUCAGGAGAAACAAAAGCAUCAUAUCCAUCACCGCCUGAUUUGCAAGCAUCUUCAUCAUCAUCAAAUGAUUUAUUACCGUUAAAUGAUGAAUAUGGAAUGAUGGAUGAAGUUUUUGGUUACGAUGUUGAUAUAAUUGAACAAGAGAUUACUGAAGAUGACUUUGAAAUGUUCGAUACUAUGAAUGAGGUUAGUUAG